CGGGCGGGGUGCAGUGCCUACCGAGCGCCCUCCAGAGCGCGGUCUCCGGCCUGUUCACGAUGGACGACCACGACAGCCCCCCGACCCCCAAGGGCUCCCUCCGAAAGUUCCUGGAGCAACUCUCCGGAGCUGGCAAGGCCAUCGGCGUGCUGACCAGCGGCGGGGAUGCCCAAGGCAUGAACGCUGCUGUCCGGGCCGUCGUGCGCAUGGGGAUAUAUGUGGGCGCCAAGGUGUACUUCAUCUAUGAGGGCUACCAGGGCAUGGUGGAUGGCGGCAGCAACAUUGUGGAAGCCGACUGGGAGAGCGUCUCCAGCAUCCUGCAAGUGGGAGGGACCAUCAUCGGCAGUGCCCGCUGCAAGGACUUCCGUUCUCGGGAAGGCCGCCUGAAGGCCGCGUGUAACUUGGUUCAGCUGGGCAUCACCAGCCUGUGUGUGAUUGGCGGGGACGGCAGCCUCACCGGGGCCCACAUCUUCCAGACAGAGUGGAGCGGGCUGCUGGGAGAGCUGGCCCGAGACGGCAAGAUCACCACAGAGCAGGUGCAGAAGCACGGGCACCUCAACGUGGUGGGGAUGGUGGGCUCCAUCGACAACGAUUUCUGCGGCACCGACAUGACCAUCGGCACGGACUCAGCCCUACACCGCAUCAUCGAGGUGGUGGACGCCAUCAUGACGACCGCCCAGAGCCACCAGCGGACCUUCGUCCUGGAGGUGAUGGGGAGACACUGCGGGUACCUGGCCCUGGUGAGCGCCCUGGCCUGCGGGGCCGACUGGGUCUUCCUUCCCGAGUCCCCACCGGAGGAAGGCUGGCAGGAAAACAUGUGCGUCAAGCUCUCAGAGAACCGUGCCCGGAAGAAAAGGUUGAACAUCAUCAUUGUGGCUGAAGGGGCCAUCGACACCCAGAACAAGCCUAUCACCUCGGAGCAGAUCAAGGAGCUCGUGGUCACGCAGCUGGGCUAUGACACACGAGUGACCAUCCUUGGACACGUGCAGAGAGGAGGGACGCCGUCAGCCUUUGACCGGAUUCUGGCCAGCCGCAUGGGGGUGGAGGCCGUGGUUGCCCUCCUGGAGGCCAGCCCCGAGACCCCAGCUUGUGUGGUGUCACUGAGUGGGAACCAGGCGGUGAGGCUGCCACUGAUGGAGUGCGUACAGAUGACCCAGGAGGUACAAAAGGCAAUGGAUGAGAGGAGAUUUAAGGACGCCGUGCAACUCCGAGGAAGGAGCUUCGAGAGCAACCUCAACACCUACAAGCGGUUGGCCAUCAAGUUGCCGGACUCCGAGAUCCCAAACAGCAACUGCAAUGUGGGCGUCGUGAACGUGGGUGCGCCUGCCGCCGGCAUGAAUGCAGCCGUGCGCGCUGCCGUGCGCGUAGGCAUCUCCGAGGGGCACAAGAUGUUCGCCGUGUAUGAUGGAUUCGAGGGCUUCGCCAAAGGCCAGAUAAAGGAAAUUGGCUGGGGAGAUGUCGGAGGCUGGACGGGCCAAGGCGGCUCCAUCCUUGGGACAAAACGCACCCUCCCUGGGAAGUACCUGGAAGACAUCGCGGCGCAGAUGCGAACCCACAGCAUCAACGCACUCUUGAUCAUUGGUGGAUUCGAGGCCUACCUGGGGCUGCUGGAGCUGUUGGCCGCCCGGGAGAAGCACGAGGAGUUCUGUGUCCCCAUGGUCAUGGUCCCUGCCACCGUCUCCAACAACGUGCCCGGCUCCGACUUCAGCAUCGGGGCGGACACCGCCCUCAACACCAUCACUGAUUUUCUGUACUAAAAAGCCUUCCGGCGUGGCCUUGGCCGGUGUCCGCGUGCUGGACCUCCUCACCCGUGUGCCCGCCCCUUGUGCCCCCGGGGAUGCCGUCUGUGCUUCUGCUGCCGUGGGACUAACUCAGCCUCUGACCGCUCGCUGCUCAAGGUCUGAGUUGAAAGGUCGUGUGUCAUUACUGCUCCCGCGUAGCUGGGUCUGAGUGCUCUCGCCACGCUUGCAGUAGAAGCAGCCGGAGUUCAUGUCCUGAUUGUCGCCUGAUGAGACCCCGGGGGUGGCAGGCGCUCCGGGGGCGGUCGUUGGUGGGUCCUGACCAGGAUCGGUGUGUGUCCCCUGUGACCUUCCACACACUCUCAGCAGGACAGGGUGCUCCCACUUAUUCAUCCAAGGCUCCUCUGCUAUGAAGAGUUACUUUUCCAAGUGAUAGAGAGUUCCUACACGUGGGUUGUUGAAAAUCUGAAAACUAGGACAGGUCUGGGGAAAUUCCACGUGGUCCUGCUUCCCUUCAAGGGGUUUUGAGAUUUAUUACAUGGCCCUUAACACUCAGGCUUUUCUCUACUGGAGCUUCUCGGAGCCGGGGUCACUGUUGGUGAUGGGCCAGGGCCGCCCCACAAAUUGGGGUUGCUGCUCUGCUGCUAAGUUCGUGCCCAGUGGUCAGGCGGUGGUUGGGAUGACCCUGUGCUGGGCCUGAUCAGUGGGUCCUGGAGCUGGGGGAUGGGAGGCCAACUGGCUCCUCAGCUUGUGUGUGUUGAGCCGCAGUGCAGUUCAGUCUCUCAGGAGGCCUGGGUUUGGUUGGCCCUCGGCUGGGCCAGGCACAUUCAAGAAAGGGGCAGCAGGCAGGACCGUGCUGGCCCGAGGGUCAUUGUUCCCGAGCCACCCUGGGAAGCAGGAGGCUCUUGGGCUUCCAGAGCCAGCUCAGCGUCUGUUUGUCUGUCUGGUCCGCCGUGCUCUCAGGACAGGCCUCUGUGGCCCGGGAUCUGGGGUCUGGAUGGUGGCAUUGCCACCUCCUGGCCUCAGGGACAGCCCCAGGCACCUCCUGUCCCAGCCGCACUCUUCCACUCACAGGCCAGGGUGGUCUGGUGGUGACUUUGUCCCCAAAGUCUGCGAUAUUUGGGGGCACCCUGGCCGUCAGAACUGGGCGGCAGGGGGUGGGGAGGUGGGGCAUGGUGUCUGGUGAGUAUCAGCCUGGAUGCUGCUGACCCCGUGAUGUCAGGAUGACCCCACAGCCUGGGGUCCUCAGCUGGAAUAUCCCAGGGGGCCGAGGGGGUGAACCCUGAGGUGGCCUGGUGUCGUCAGGUGGCACAUCCUCUGGACACUUAACCCUUGUCCUCACGUCCCCUCCUCGUCAGUCUGUGUGCUGAGCUUAUGGAUGCGUUCCUGGAAACAGAUCCCAGGGGACUUACUCCAUCACGAGGUGCCAGGGUCCUGGGGGUAGCACUGGUCCUCAGGGCUCGAGUUCAGAGAGUCCGAAACCAAAGCAGGGGCUGUGUCUCCUCCUCUGGGCCACACACUGGUCCCCUUCAGAGCCACAGCUGACAUGAGCUCAAUGCUGCCCAGGCGGCUGGCUCACCCAGCAUUGCCCCCAGGACCCUGGGCUUAUGUCCUAGGUAGGGUUCUCCUGGCUCUGAGUGUCCGUCUCAUUUUCCAGAGAUCAGAGGAAAAGCAGGGAGUGAUGGGGGUCAGAGAGAGGGUGGGAAGAAUGUACAGGUGGAGAACCGCCGUCAGAUUUCAAGGUGUCAGCGUCCUGCCCACCUCCUGUGCUGGGUGCCCCCCACCCAAAGCAUCCUGCGGGGUGCAGACAGCCUGGGAGCCCGUCUAACCACAGGGCUCACCACCCCUCCAUCCAGCAGGCAUCCAGGCAGCCCCACGGUGGCCCUGAGCUGCAUGGGGGCUGGGGAGAUUCCCCGUGGGGAUCUGGGCUGGACUGCGUGGGGGGUGGUUGAGGACGGUGGUGGGGCACAGGGCUGGUGAGCAACCCCCUGAACUUCUUCAUGGCCGCUCCCUGGACUCACCCAGUGUGGGCCCACCGUCCACACCUCCUAGGGCCAUAGCCCCCAGAACCCAGCCUGUCUGGGAGUCUGGGGAUGGAAGUGGCAGGGCCAGCAGAGAGCCACGCUUUCCGGAAAGCCCGGAUCAUCCUGCCGGGAAUUUCCCCUCACAAGGCAUUGGAAAUGGCUCCAAGUGGGAGCAAUAAAGAUGGGGCAGAGGCUGGGUUCUGUGAGCAUGGCCAUGGGGCACUGUGGCCUCAGGGGUGGGUGGUGGACUGGGACACUAACAAGCUACUUGCACUAACGCGGAGGUGGGAGGUCUGGGCCCUGGUCGUGUGCUUGAGAGCAGCCUGCUUUUCUGACAUCGGAGCCCAACGGUUUCCCGGGGAUCCUGAAUCCCGCCCUGGGCUCUCUGUGAGGGUCACACAGCCGGGGCGGAGGGGGCUCUGUGGG